AUGGAGCGGCUUUGGGGUCUACUCCAGGGAGCGAAAAGGCUGUCCCCACGACCCUCUCAGACCACCUACAAGCAUGUGGAAGGCACCCAGCAGGGGUGCCCGGAGGAGGAAGAGGAAGAGGAGGAAGAGGCGGCCACGCCGCAAGGCCGCUUCUGUCCCAUGGAGCUGAGGGGCCCUGAGCCCCUGGGCUCUCAAGCCGGGCGGCCACACCUGGAACUCUGGGCAGCGGCAGGACGAAGGGCUGCUCCCUACCUGGUCCUGACGGCCCUGCUGAUCUUCACCGGGGCCUUCCUUCUGGGCUACGUGGCCUUCCGAGGGUCCUGCCAGGCGUGCGGGAACGACGUGUUGGUGGUCAGCGAGGACGUGAACUAUGAGCUGGGCCCGAACUCCCACCAGCGCAGCUUGUACUGGAGUGACCUCCGGGCCAUGUUCCUCCGGCACCUGGGGGAGGGGCGCCUGGAGAACGCCAUCAGACACACCAGCCUUAGGGAGAGGGUCGCCGGCUCCGCUGGGAUGGCCGCCCUGGCCCGGGACAUCCACGCUGCGCUCUCGCGCCAGAAGCUGGACCACGUGUGGACAGACACGCACUACGUGGGGCUGCAGUACCCAGACCGGGCUCACCCCAACACCCUGCACUGGGUCGAUGCAGCCGGGAGGCUCGGGGAACAGCUGCCGCUGGAGGACCCGGACGUCUACUGUCCCUACAGCGCCGCCGGCAACGCCACGGGGCAGCUGCUGUACGCCCACUACGGGCGGCCGGAGGACCUGCAGCACCUGCGGGCCCGGGGCGUGGAGCCGGCCGGGCGCCUCUUGCUGGUGCGCUUGGGGGCGAUCAGUUUUGCCCAGAAGGUGGCCAGUGCCCAGGACUUUGGGGCAGGAGGAGUGCUCAUCUAUCCCGACCCGGCCGACUUCCCCCGGGGCCCACACAAGCCCGGCCUGUCCGGCAACCGGGCCGUGUACGGACAUGUGCACCUGGGGACCGGGGACCCCUACACGCCUGGCUUCCCUUCCUUCAAUCAAACCCAGUUCCCUCCAGUCCAGUCCUCGGGCCUUCCCAGCAUCCCGGCCCAGCCCAUCAGCGCGGACGUCGCCUCCCUCCUGCUGAGGAAGCUUGCAGGUCCUGUGGCCCCACAAGAAUGGCAGGGGCAGCUCUCCGGCUCCCCUUACCGCCUGGGCCCUGGGCCAGGCCUGCACCUCGGGGUCAACAACCGCAGGGCUUCCACCGCCAUCAGCAACAUCUUUGGCUGCAUCGAGGGCCGAUCAGAGCCAGAUCACUACGUUGUCAUUGGGGCCCAGAGGGAUGCGUGGGGCCCUGGGGCAGCCAGGUCUGCUGUGGGGACCGCCAUUCUGCUGGAGCUGGUGCGGACCUUUGCCUCCAUGGUGAGCAAUGGCUUCCAGCCUCGAAGAAGUCUUCUCUUCAUCAGCUGGGAUGGAGGUGACUUUGGGAGUGUGGGCUCCACAGAGUGGCUGGAGGGCUACCUUAGCCUGCUGCACCUCAAGGCCGUGGUCUACGUGAGCCUGGACAACGCCGUGCUGGGAGAUGACAAGUUCCAUGCCAAGACCAGCCCCCUUCUGAUUAGCCUCAUCGAGAACAUCCUGAAGCAGGUGGAGUCUCCUAACCACAGCGGGCAGACCCUUUAUGAGCAGGUGGCGUUCAGCAAUCACAGCUGGGAUGAGGUAAUCCAGCCACUGCCCAUGGACAGCAGCGCCUAUUCCUUCACUGCCUUUGCGGGGGUCCCUGCCGUCGAGUUCUCCUUCGUGGAGGACGGCCCGCCGUACCCAUUCCUGCACACGAAGGACGACACGUAUGAGAACCUGCACAAGGUGCUGCGGGGCCGCCUGCCCGCCGUGGCCCAGGCCGUGGCCCAGUUUGCGGGGCAGCUCCUCAUCCGGCUCAGCCACGACCACCUGCUGCCCUUGGACUUCGGCCGCUACGGGGACGUGGUCCUCAGGCACAUCGGCAGCCUCAACGAGUUCUCCGGGGACCUCAAGGCCCGGGGGCUGACCCUCCAGUGGGUGUACUCGGCACGAGGGGACUACAUCCGGGCGGCAGAGAAGCUGCGGAAAGAGAUCUACAGCUCAGAUGAGAGCGACGAAAGGCUGACACGCAUGUACAACGUGCGCAUCAUGCGGGUGGAAUACUACUUCCUGUCCCAAUACGUGUCGCCGGCUGACUCCCCAUUCCGACACAUCUUCCUGGGCCAAGGAGAUCACACGCUGGACGCCCUGCUCAACCACGUGCGGCUGCUCCGCGCCAGCAGUUCCCAGACCCGAGGGGCUGCCACCUCCGGGGAGGCGCCUGGCCUGGGCUUCCAGGAAAGCCAAUUUCGUCGCCAACUGGCCCUGCUCACCUGGACGCUGCAGGGGGCCGCCAAUGCACUCAGCGGGGAUGUCUGGAGCAUAGAUAACAACUUCUGA